UAACUACCUUCACAUUAGUAUAUGAAAUUCACCUCUAAAAUCGUUAAAUUGACUUCUGAAAUCAAUUUAAAUUCGCAACUAAAUUGAAUUGUCCUUCUCGCCCAAUUGAAUAGUCUACCAAAAAUUUGCAAAAUGGUUACGCAAAAAUAUAAUGACCGAGUGCAGUUAUAUAUGUUGGAGUUCCUAGUGAAUCGAUUGAAUUUAUCCCCUGAAAUUAUCAGCAAAAUAUCGAAACCCCUGUCAGUGCGUUUUAAAUUCCUCGACUUCGAUGAAUUCACAAUAAAUCAAGAGGAAUUCGUCAAAAGUCCCCCGGUGAAAGGGAGUGCCAUCGAUUUUGUCUCCGGAAAAUCCUGCGUAUUCUCGAAAAAACCAAAAGAUCUCAUAAAACAAUUGCAAGCGGAUCCUCUGACCAUUCAAAUUUAUAGAACAAUCGAUGAUCCUUGUCCACAAGAGCCAGAAUACCCGAUUUGCAAAGCUGAGUUAAAUCUUUGUGGAUGUUUCUGCGAAAUAGACAGAGUGAUAAGCGAUCCUGGUCAUUUACCCGAGCCUUACACAGUCCGAAACACUUACGACUUGAUCGAUGAAGAUAAAAAACCGUCUGGGAGUAUCGAAAUAUUCCUGAGAUUCUCCUGUCUCGGGGAGUCCAUCGUCACCCGUUUUCACAAUAACGAAAAAGCCUUUCUCUUCAAGAAUACAAAAUCAAUCGAUAAAUUUUCGUGCAUCAGUCUUCCACCAAGUGACGAUGAAAUGAAAAAUAAAUUUUGGACUCCAAAAUCAAAAAAAGUCGAUGUAGAUAAGAAACCCACAGCGAAGACAAUCAUCGGUAUCUCUGGAGUAUGCGAAGAUCUUGUUAAACAUUCUCCUCAUCCAAAAUCUCCUGAAAUACCUCCACUGACUCUGGAAGAAGAUCCGAGUCCUCUAGACCCUCUAGAAUUCGAGAAAAAAGAAUUAAUUAAUCAUUCGGUGGAUCUCAAAGAAUCAACUGACAUUAAAUUUGUCUCUCCCCGGAAUUUCCCAUGUGGAGGAAGAUCAUGUCCUGGAGGUAUAUGCAGUGGUCCCUUUCCCUCAAACGAGGACAUUCCUCGAAGCAAUCGCCAUCAAAGUGAUUAUAAACCUCAAGCGAUCAGAUCCGAAAGAUUACGAGGAGGAAAUGACAAUGAAUUAUCGACGGUUCCCGUUCAAUCAAUGCAAACCCUUUUGUCAGGUGUUUGCAGAUCACUUCUCCUCCAGGAAGAGCCCCGUUUGGGCUGCGGAUGUCACACCAAACUGGGGAAUCAGUCUAAAAUAAAGAAGAAAUGUUACGGAAUCGAUUGUCUGAUAAAAUCUUUCAAGGAAGCUGAAGAAUUCGUUGAUGGCAUUGGAAGGGUUCCCGGCAUGGCAGGACUAGGACUCAUGGAUCCCACCGAGAGUCCCUUCUUCGGAAGGCCCCGGUGCAGACCAUUACCCAGACCAGGAAACCAAGACCGUAAAAACACCGGAAAGAGUCAUUUGGGUCUGUCCCUGGGGAAAAAGAACAGUUCUAUCCUGCGAACGCCCCGCAGAUUACCAUCAAGAGCUCUAGACGGUAGGAAAUUUAAUGGUGGAACAUUUAAGAAAUUGAAAGGUGAGGAUUAUGGGAAGAAUAUCGAGGAAGAACUCAUGACUAUUAAGGAACCACAAAUGGGACCUUGCGGCGAACCCAUCUGCAACUCCCAGAAGAAAAUCAAUAAAAUGAAUCUGAAUGUGUCGUCAAGAGAAACCGUCAAGACCAUUAACACGAAGAAAGCUUCUUUGUUAUCAACCAAAGAUAAAAAUAUGAAACUUAAUUUGAAGAAGGCGAAGAAUUUGAAGAAUUAUGAGAGAAAUUAUAGUCAUGUGAAGGUCGGCAAAAGAGUGAUGAGGUUGGUGGAGGGCACAAGUCAGCGUGGCUGCUUCGGUCACAGAAGUUGCGUGGAAAUCAGAGCACGCGUUCCAGGAAAUAUGGGCUGGCUGUGGAAUACCAACAAUAUGCCUGGAAGUAUCAGACCACAUGUUGGAUGGAAACCAGGUGCAAUCUCCAGGCGAGUCUGGACCAUACUGGAGCAAGCGAAGAUGGACAAGGACAACGACUCCAUCGAGGAGAGACCUCUGACACCGAUAAAAGGGCGAAAGGGAAAAAUAUCAAAGUCCAAGAGUCUCUUAUCUGUUGCCAGGGGACAGAGGAAGAGGCGAGAGAAGGAUGACGAGCAUGAACUUCCCCCGACUCUCCAUCUUCACAGGAAGAAUGGCGACUAUUACAUCACAAUGUACCCAGUGAAGCCCGAGGACUCGAACAAUCCUGAGGCUCUGGAGGAGGUCAAGCCACUGCAGUUCAAGGUGACAAGGAACGGGAACGGGAAUGAUGAGGAGGAUGUCAGUUCUAUUGGAGAUGACAUGGAAUUCGAGUUCUCUCCGCCUGCUGCGAUACACAAGUACCAGAAGAAAAAGGUGGAGAGGAAGGAUUUGGAGACUCAGGUGGUGCAGCAGGAGAUCUUAGAUGCUUUCAAGUCCAGUGGAGGUUCUGUAGCAAAGAAGAAGAAAGGCGGGAAGAAAUGAACGAUAGAUUCCAAGAUGUUUAUCAAUAACUGGUCAACAAUCAGAAGCAACACCUCUGUUUUUAACACUUGGCUACUGGUUUAUUGACUUUGCCUUCAAAUUCGAUUUAUUUGUCAACAUCCUUUUUCGAGCAUUUUGAUUAUCAUGAUAUUAUCAUGUAGAGAAGAAUGAUCAGAGGCAAUUGGGAGGAGUUCCGAGCCAUUUCGAGCCAAAAAAAAUUCCAAUGGAUUUUUUUUCUCUCUCUAAUCGGCGUUAUCUCCACUCUUCACUCAAAAGUCAAUUGGAAGGGAAGAGACAAAGUGGGAGACCCUUGGGUGGCUUCCCAACCCCUCUCAAUUUAUUUUAUUUUCAUUUUCAUGUUCCUUUGAUGGUGGUAGCGAUGAAACGUGCACCUGUCUGGCCGUCUGCCUAGCAGAAGCGGCGCCAUCGUGUCGUCUCAUUCCAAUCCUGCCUAGCAGUGUCAACUGCCUAAUUCUAUUUCUGGUGACAAUUACACACUUAAACGCAUCACCUUUCUUGCAAAUAAAAGGUCAAUCGCAUAAUUACGAAGCUCUUGGACAUUAUUGGAUCAUAAAAUUUUAGGUUUUCGGAGUUGAAAAAUUGUUAAUAGUAAAAUACUUAUCUCGGUAGUUUAAAAGAAAAUAUGGAAUGAAUUUUGACGAACGGGGACUCAUAACUCAUUCGGUCAAUUCCGAUAUUUACCUAAAAUAAAAAAAAAUAAGACUUUAAAUAUAAGGAUCUGAAUGUUGAGAGUUUCAGAUUCAAAAUGAAUACAUUUAUUUCAUUAUAAAAAAUAAUAACACAAGAUCCCAACGAUUUAUAAUACAUAUCUGAUUUAUUUCAUAUUUUAUCGUGUGUCCUAGGACAUCU